ACGGAGUCAGACAGGAGAGGCAGUCUGUAUCCUGACAUUUUAUGAAAUAUUUGGGAUAAUGCAGUCUGCCAAGAGGAGUGAAAGCGACUGGCAGGGGCUCGUCAGCGAGUUCCUGGUGUGUAAGCGGAAGCUGGAGAGUAAGAAAGAAGCCCUGCUCAUCCUGUCCAAGGAGCUGGAUACAUGUCAGCAGGAAAGAGACCAGUACAAGCUGAUGGCCAACCAGCUGAGGGAGCGCCACCAAGGACUCAAGAAGAAGUACAGGGAACUCAUUGAUGGUGACCCUUCUUUACCACCUGAAAAACGCAAUCAGGUGAACCUGGCUCAGCUGUUGAGAGACUCGAGGGAACGGGUGAAAAAGCUCACAGAGGAGGUGAAGGAGCUGACUCAGAGGUUGACGGAGGCUCAGGGGGAUAACAAGCUCCUGAGGAUGACCAUUACCCGACAGAGGCUGGGGGAUGAGGAGGUCGGGGUUCGCCACUUCCCUGCCCAUGAACGUGAGGGUCUGGUUCGCCAGCUGGAGAGAGCAGGGCUACAGAUGGAAGAGAUGGAGCACAACAUGAAGGCUCUGACGGACGAGCUGCAUGACGUGAAGGCGGAGCGCACCGUGUUCAGGGAGAAAGCAGACCGACUCAACGUGGAGCUCAACCAUAUCCUGGGCAACCGCGAGGCACGCAUCAUUGAUGUGGACGCCCUCUGUAUGGAGAACAAAUACUUGCACCAGCGCUUCAGCCAGCUACAAGAGGAGGUGAACCUGCUGAAAUCAAACAUCAUGAAGUACAAGACAGCUCUUGAGAGGAGGAAAAACUCUAGCAUAUACGGGAAAUCAAACAGCAGUCCUCUCACCGGAGUCCUCUCAGCCAAACAAGUCCAGGAGAUGUUGCUGGAAGAGCAGGGCUGCAGCCUGCCGGCCACGCCUCAGUCCAUCUCCGACCUCAAGUCCCUGGCCACGGCUCUGCUGGAGACCAUCCACGAGAAGAACCUGGUCAUCCAGCACCAGAGGCACACCAACAGGAUCCUUGGAAACAGAGUCGCAGAUUUGGAAAGGAAGCUUAAGACCUUGGAGGUGUCAGGACUAUGGAGUCUUCCAGGGACACGGGACAGUAUCGCGCUGAAUGAAAACCUUCAACCAGAGCUUCAUCCCACACGUGCCACAUCUCAGCCCAGAAUGCAGCCACCCAAAGCUGUGUCAGACGACAGAAGUUCACAUGAAUCAUCGUGGGAAUGCCGCACUGCUGGCAGCGACCUUGGCACAGAUGGCGUCAGCAUGGAAAAUACACCUGCGCUGCUCAGCGGCCUGGAGCCUCUCGGCGGGGUGGAGACGAAUGGGAUUGACAGGAGAGAGGGAGAAAUAGUGACCCUGACGGAAGAUCGAGCCGCCCUAGAACUAGAGGAGGGGCGGAGUCCGGUGGAAGAGGCGGGCCAUGAAGUAGAAGGAGUCGAGGAUGAAGAACUGGGUUCCACAGUGGAGGAAGGAGAAGAGGCAGAGCUGGCGUUGGAUGUCCCUCCCAGUGAAUCAGACCUUUCAUGGCUUUCAAUUAGGCAAGCAUCUGUUAAUCAUUCAGAAGUGGGUCAUUUGCCCUGCAAGCCCCAGGACGAUGGGUCCUGUAAUGUACCUGAACAUGUAGAAGCCUCAGAAUCAAUUCCAGAAAGCCGGGCCACAGACAUUUCGAGCACGGAGGAUUGGGACGUUCAUUGUCAGUCUGUGCAGAGUGACAACCUGGCAUGACACUGAAAGACCCUUAGAAGAUUAUUAAAAUCCUCGUCUUUUGUCAUUUAUUUUGAUGAUUGCAUUUAUCAUCCAUGGUUCUCCACAACGUAUCCACUGCUCACUAGCCCCCUUUUUCCAAUGAGGAGUUGUGUUUCAGUCAAUAAAGCUGAGAGAAAACACUUUCUCAGCUAGCGUUGACAGAGCCGGAGGUGCACUUUCUAUCUAGACGGGCUUGUUGCUGCGCAGGAACAGACAAUCUCAAAAUCAAUGGAGUUGCAUACUUCGUGCCCUACAGGAAAAAUUUAGCUUGGAAAAUAACAAAUAUGGCAGCUCCGACUCCUGUGCCCUAUUUUCCCUCCUUGCUUUCCCCCUGCGAUAAGAUAAUCCCAAUUGUUUGCUUUCUUCUGCCUCCUAAGGGAUGCCAAUAAGCUGAAUGCUGCGUUUUGUUUUACCCUCACAGGGGGGGUCCAAAUUAGCUCGCCAAAAGUUGUGAUGAAUGUGUUGUACUUAAGUGUAAAUGAAUAUUUGAGAUUCUAUUGAUGUCUGUUCAUCUGUAUAGGUGACUUGCAAUCGUUAAGUUAUUUUUUAUUUUUCCUUAUGUUGAAGUUCAUAUCUGGAUGAGACUACA